AUUGCUCUGGCCAAUGGAACCCGAUCCACCCUGCUGUGCGUAAGAGCGCAAUUAAGGAUUUAACCAAGCCUAUGCUGCGCCCUAGCCUGCAGUCUGCCAGAGACAGAGACAGACACAGAGACUCAAAGACUCCCAGCCUCCUCCCCCAGACAUGUCUGCUUAGCCCUGAGCAGCCCCAGCAAGCAGCAGUCUCCAAACUAUGACAGGAGUAUUUGACAGAAGGGUCCCCAAUAUCAGAUCCAGCGAUUUCCAGGCUCCUUUCCAGACGUCUGCAGCCAUGCAUCAUCCGUCUCAGGAAUCUCCAACUUUACCCGAGUCCUCGGCUACGGAUUCCGACUAUUAUAGUCCAACGGGGGGAGCCCCGCAUGGCUAUUGCUCGCCUACCUCGGCUUCCUACGGCAAAGCGCUCAAUCCCUACCAGUACCAGUACCACGGCAUGAAUGGACCUGCUGGGAACUAUCCUGCCAAAGCCUAUGCAGACUACAGCUACGCGAGUCCUUACCACCAGUACAGCGGGGCUUACAACCGGGUACAGAGCUCUUCAAACCAGCCAGAGAAAGAGGUGGCGGAGCCCGAGGUGCGAAUGGUGAAUGGCAAACCAAAGAAAGUUCGCAAACCCAGGACUAUUUAUUCUAGCUUCCAGCUGGCUGCGUUACAGAGGAGGUUUCAGAAAACUCAGUACCUAGCCCUGCCAGAAAGAGCUGAACUGGCUGCUUCUUUGGGACUGACACAGACACAGGUGAAAAUUUGGUUUCAGAAUAAAAGAUCCAAGAUCAAGAAGAUUAUGAAAAGCGGGGAAAUGCCUCCGGAGCACAGUCCCAGCUCCAGCGACCCCAUGGCUUGCAACUCUCCACAGUCACCUGCGGUUUGGGAACCUCAGGGCUCUUCCAGAUCCCUCAGCCAUCAUCCUCAUCCUCAUGCUCCAAACUCCAACCCAUCCCCUGCAUCCAGCUACUUAGAAAACUCCACUUCCUGGUAUUCCAGUGCUAACUCCCUCAAUUCCCACCUCCAGCCCCACGGCUCCCUACAGCACCCGUUAGCGCUGGCCUCUGGGACAAUUUAUUAGACUAUUUUUUCCCCUGGACUCCUGUGUUUUACUGUUAAGGAAUCAUAACGAAAGGAAUGCCUGUGGGGGAGUUUUAAAGGGAAGCAAAACAAAAAAAAAAUUAAAUGUGUAACGCUUGUGCAUGUAACUUAUUGCAUUUCAAAGGAGACCCUUUUUUACAGACGGACAUUUUUUGCUCAGCUGUGGACACUAUCAAUGGUGCCUUGAAAUCUAUGACCUCAACUUUUCCAGAGACUUUUUUUUUCAAUGUUAUUUUAACCCUGUAAAUAAGUGUAGA